CUCAUCGUUGAAACGGAAGGAAAAUCUGUCUUGCGUGUUGAACUCAAGUUUUUAAUUCGUUGUUAUCUUUUCAAUUUCACUUGGAUGUGCAAUUGCCGACGCUAAAAAUACGUCCAACAUACAUGAAAUAAAGAGAAUCGCGCAACGCUCAGUUUAAAUAAUAAUAUUAAAAAAAAAACGCCACGUUCUCGCGUUCUACAAAACUCUCCCAUAAAACACUCAAGCAGCACAUUACAUAUAUUCGACCACGCUGUAUAAUUAGUUACUUGCCGCUGAUAUUUCAAACAAGCCGCAUAGCAACAAAAUCCCCAAUGAUCUAAAGUGCCACAAAAGUUUAAAUCGAAAGAAACGUGUGUCGAGUUCCCAAGAACCACUAUUAAACCAAUCGAGUAGAGAGUGAAAUCCGGAAAAAGUUAUAUACACCUUACUCAGUGCGUUUCCAAUGUAGCCCUUCAUGGAUAAUUAACACGAGAGCGUUGUGUGACUAUAUAGCAAUAUCGUGUUAAAGCAAUAUUUCGCAGUGGCUGAAUUUAGCAGCGAUCCAACAAAUAGUGCCCCCCAAUCGUCUCAACAAACCAGCGAAUUUCUCCCAUUUGUCAGCGCGGAAUUUGCCUGAGUCACGAGCCAUUUCAAUUUUCCGUUCUUCAAAUGGGUUGACUUGUGAUAUUGCAGCUUCCUGGACCCGGGAAACAAAAGGGAUACAAAUUGAACCUCAAAAGACAUAGCCAAGCUCCACAAAACCCACCGCCAGCCAUUUAAGCCACAUAAAGUCAAUAGUCAGCGAACUUUAACCACCUGGAAACCGUUGGAAUCUCUGCUUGAAAGCAGCGCACCACCCAUGAACCACUCGGCCGAAGCGCUCGACAGCGUGGCCACCGAAAUCAGCACCUCUUUCUGCACCACCAGCACCACCAUCCAGCCACAGAACCACCUGCACACUGGCCACCUGAUUGCCCACCGUCUUGGCCACUCCUACGCAGCUCGCGCCGAUCACAAUUAUUCGGGUUAAAUUGCUUUAACAAAACAAAUAGGGAA